AUGGAUUACUACUUCCAAGAUGGAACCACCAAAACACCAGCAGCCUUCCAGAAUGAGCUAACACCUGUAUCUGGUUCAGCUGUGGUUCAGACCAGGAUGAUCUUCAAUUCCUCCUCUCCUGUUCCCAGUGAGAGUUUGGUCCUCAGUGCGAUCCAGACUCUUCUCAGUGCUCGACUGACAAACCUCUCUGACUCUGUAAAAGUGCUGAACUUCACCUACGAGAAAAUUUCAGACACCUCCUAUGCAGUCAACUUCACAUUGAGCAUCAGUAACAUCAGCAUGUCUAAGAACCCUGACUUCAGGAACGACACCUACACCCAAGUGGAGAACAUCAACAAUAACGUUCUAAACACACUUCUAAAUGAACCUGGUGCAGAACCAUUUGAAUCCCAGAGCUCUUUCUUCACGAGUUCAGGAAACCAGGAAAAUGGUGAUAUGGAUUACUACUUCCAAGAUGGAGACACCAAAACACCAGCAGCCUUCCUGAAUGAGCUUAAACCUGUAUUGGGGAAUGUCCUGAUACGUAUUCGUCUAGUUUUUAAGAACUUGACCAGAGUACCUAGUGAGGCUGAUCUUCUCAAUGCUGCUAAUGCUCUGCUGGACUCAAAGAUUAGAAGAAGACGAUCACUUGUAAUACAAACACUGAGUGAUCCUGUGAGCAUACAGGAUGUCAUCUAUGAAAAAAUUGGCAACAACUCCUACAUUAUAAGCUUUGCAUUUCAAAUCACCAAUGUGACCAUCUCCAAGGACCUUCAGCUGAGGAACGGAACAUAUGAUUUAAUUCAAAACACCAUCAACAGCCUGCUGAACACUAUUCUGAAUGUGAAAGAUGCUCCUGCAUUUGUCUUUCCACAAGCAAACUACACGUUUAAUGGUACAGCAAUUGAGGCUAAUUUCGAAUACAUCUUUGUGGAAGGUGAAACCAAGUGGACACCAAGUGGAUUUCUUUCUGCAAUUCUCAACAUUAGUGAGUUGUCGACCUUCACCACUCCUGCUGCUCAAACCGAAUCCACUGUCCAUGUAGUCCUGAGGCCCACCACUCUUGUUGUGGUUCAGACCAGGAUGCUCUUCAAUUCCUCCUGUCCUGUUCCCAGUGAGAGUUUGGUCCUCAGAGCAAUCCAGACUCUUCUCAGUGCUCAACUCACAAACCUCACUGACUCUGUAAACAGGCUGAACUUCACCUAUGAGAAAAUUUCAGAGACCUCCUAUGCAGUCUUCUUCACAUUGAGCAUCAGUAACAUCAGCAUGUCUAAGAACGCUGAACUCAGGAACGACACCUACACCCAAGUGGAGAACAUCAUCAAUAACGCUCUAAACACACUUCUAAAUGACGCUGGUGCAGCACCAUUUGAACCCCAGAGCUCUUUCUUCACGUAA